AUGAACAUGUUCGUCCCUAGUUCCUCUAACAAAUAACAAGAGAAAAAAGCCGAAAGUAAAGCAGUUCCCGCUGCCAAACCUACUUGAAAAGCGACGUUGCUUGCUUCUCAAUCUAUCCCAGAAUCAGAAUCUAAUCAUGGCCGAAAAGUGAAAAGAACCCAGAAGCCCAAACUAUCUGUCAAAAAUUCUGUUGUAUUAUAUAAGAAAAUGAUGCUCACUCUGUUUUACACUAAAUUCAGUCUGAAUCAAUGCACCUCUGCCUCAGUGUGGCAUUGUUGUUGGUUGUUGUUUUUGUGUGAAUUUGAAGCAUGGCGAGUUCGAGCGGUACGAAGCCGUCGCCGCCUGUGCGGAGGAUGUCGAAGGCGCAGGCUAUAAUGUUUGAUCUUCCUAGCAACAUUGGGGACUUGGCUGUGGACAGUGACUUGGUUCCCUCGUCUUUGCCCUCCAUUGCUCUCAUUCUUCGAGUUGCCAACGAGAUUGGGAAUGAUAAUCCCAGAAUUGCCCAUCUCUGCCGCCUCCAUGCAUUUAAGGAGGCUAACAGGAUUGAUCCAACAUCAAGUGGACGUGGUGUUCGCCAGCUCAAGACAUAUUUGUCAAAUAAAAUAGAAGAGGAAAAAGAUGAAAUAAAGCCUCAACUUGCAAGAACAGAUGCAAGAGAAAUCCAAUUGUAUUACCAGAUCUUCUAUGAGAAAAAUAUUAAAGAGGGCCAAGAUACAAAACAACCGGAGGAGAUGGCUAAGUUUUAUCAGAUUGCAAUGGUUUUGCAUGAUGUGUUAAAAACAGUGGUACCUUCUUCACAAGUUGAUUAUAAGACCACCAAAUAUGCAAAAGAACUUGGGAGCCAAAAGGAACAGUAUGAACACUACAACAUUCUUCCCUUGUAUGCUGUUGGGAUAAAACCAGCAAUUAUGAAACUCCCUGAGAUCAAUGCUGCAUUUCAAGCCAUACGUAAUGUGGAGAAUCUGCCAAUGCCCAUGGCUCAUUCAACUGUAGAUGUCAAUUUAUUUGUUAAUGAUAUAUUUGAUUGGCUCUUGUCUCUUUAUGGUUUUCAGAAAGGGAAUAUAGCAAAUCAAAGGGAGCACCUAAUAUUGCUACUUGCCAAUAUUGAUGUGAGGAAUAAGAAUCUUGAAACUUAUAGUGAGCUUGAUAGUAUCACCAUACAGUAUUUGACUGAUGAAAUAUUCAAGAAUUAUGAAUCAUGGUGUGACUUUAUGUAUCAUGAAUCGCAUGUUAGAAGGUAUCCCCAAGGUUACGCAGUACAACAGCUACAACUCAUUUACAUUGCACUUUAUCUUCUCAUAUGGGGUGAAGCAUCAAAUAUACGAUUUAUGCCUGAAUGCAUUUGCUACAUCUUUCAUAAUAUGGCAAGCGAUGUUUUUCAAAUUUUAUCUAGCAAAGUGCAUCCUGUUAGUGACACAAACCAAACAGCAGCGCUUGACCAAGAAUACUUUUUAAGAACUGUCAUAACACCUAUUUACCAAGUUCUAUUUAAGGAAUCGCAAAAAAAUAAAGAAGGCAAGGCAAGCCAUUCUAGAUGGAACAACUAUGAUGAUCUAAAUGAGUUUUUCUGGUCUGAAAAUUGCUUCAGGCUAAGGUGGAGAAGAGACCAUGAAAAAUAUUCUUUUGUGCAGCUUGACGAGAUACCACUUCUGAACGAGAUUUUUAGUCCAUGCACUGUUGGAAAGAGGAAGCAUAAAACUAACUUUGUUGAAGUCCGCACAUUUUUGCACCUAUAUAGAAGUUUUCACCGAAUGUGGAUAUUCUUCAUAAUGGCUUUCCAGGCUAUGGUAAUUAUUGCAUGGACGCGUUCUGGGUCUAUAUUUACUUUGUUCGAUGAAGAUUUCUUAAGAAGAGUGUUAAGCAUUUUCAUUACUUCUGCUGUUCUCAAUCUUUUGGAAGCUAUUCUGGAUAUAGGUCUUACUUUCAAGGCUUGGGGGAGCUUUGAAUUUACCCAAAUACUACGAUACCUUAUGAAAUUGUUCAUGGGAGCUAUUUGGGUUGUGAUUUUGCCAAUAGGUUAUUCCAUUUCUGAGCAGAAUCCAACAGGAGUUAUCAAGUUCUUUAAACAUUGGACUGGGAAUAUGCAAAACCGGUCAUUUUAUAAUUAUCUUGUUGUACUUUAUUUGAUACCUGAUUUACUGGCUACUAUACUAUUUGUGCUUCCACUUUUGCGGAAAAAAAUGGAGCUCUCAAAUUGGUGGAUAAUUACUCUUGUUAUGUGGUGGAAUCAGCCAAAACUUUAUGUCGGAAGAGGCAUGCAUGAGGACUUCUUCUCACUCCUAAAGUACACCUUGUUUUGGAUAAUGCUGCUAGUCAUCAAGCUAACAUUUAGCUAUUUUGUUGAGAUUAUGCCACUUGUGCGACCAACAAAGGAAAUUUUGGAUAUGCCUGGUGAAAACUAUCUGUUGCACAAGUUUGUUCCGAACGUUGCUCAUAAUGUCGGAGCUAUCAUAGCAAUAUGGGCUCCAAUUGUCUUGGUUUAUUUUAUGGAUACUCAAAUAUGGUAUUCCAUAUUUUCUACCCUUUUUGGUGGGGUUCUUGGAGCCUUCAGACAUGUGGGUGAGAUACGUACACUUGGGAUGCUGCGAUCCAGAUUUCAAAAAGUGCCUCCAGCUUUUGGUCAACGUUUUUUGCCAUCAGCACAUCAUGAUUCAAAGACAAAACUCUUGGAUAAAUCAAUAGAACAAAAGAAUAUGGCAAAUUUUUCUCAAAUGUGGAAUGAAUUCAUUCGUUCCAUGCGUGUGGGGGAUCUAAUUAGCAAUAGGGAUCAAGAAUUGUUGCUUGUCCCAUGUUCUUCAAGUGAGGACACUGUGAUUCGGUGGCCACUUUUCUUGCUAGCUAGUAAGAUUCCUGCUGCAUUGAACAUAGCAAAAGAGUUUAAGGGGAAGGAGGAUGCUGAGUUAAUUAAACUGAUUAAGGGUGAUUCUUAUAUGCAUUCAGCUGUGAUUGAAUGUUAUGAGACGCUUAGGUGUCUUAUAUAUGGCCUUUUGGAAGAUGAGGCUGAUAAGAAGAUUGUGAUGAACAUUUACGACAAAGUAGCCAAUAGUAGACGAGAGGAGAAGUUUUUGAAAGAAUUCAAGAUGAGCGGAAUGCCUUUCCUCAGUAUAAAGUUGGAGAAGUGGCUAAACAUCUUGAUGACUGAUUAUGACGAUGAUGAAAUAUACAAGGCCCAGAUAACCAAAGCCCUGCAGGGUAUCAUGGAUACUGUUACACAUGAUGUUAUGAUUAACGGCCAGAAAACCCUUCAAGGAGAUUACAGUUUUCAGAACAGCAAAGAUGGACAGAGUUUUGAAAUGAUUAAUAUUCAGGAUAGACAGAACAAAUCUUGGAAGGACAAGGUCCGUAGGCUUCACUUUCUUCUGACUUUCAAAGAAUCUGCUGCUGAUGUGCCUCGAAAUUCAGAGGCUCGACGUCGUAUCACUUUUUUCACGAAUUCAUUAUUUAUGAGGAUGCCAAGUGCACCAAAAGUCAGUGAUAUGCGCUCCUUCAGUGUUUUGACUCCAUAUUACAAAGAAGAUGUUCUUUAUUCUUAUGAUGAACUUAACAAAGAAAAUGAGGAUGGGAUAUCGACUUUGUUCUACCUGCAGAAGAUAUAUCCAGAUGAAUGGACCAACUUCCAGGAGCGUAUGAAUCACAAAGAGAAUGAGGAGGAUAUUUGUAACUGGGCAACCUACAGAGGACAGACUCUUUCUAGAUCAGUGCGAGGAAUGAUGUACUACAGGAAUGCUCUAGAACUUCAAUGCUCCCUGGAAUUCCCUAAUCAUAAUGCUAUUUCAAGGGAGGAGGAUUCUAUUCGAGUGCAAGCACUUCCUGAUUCAAAAUUCACCUAUGUUGUAUCUUGUCAGAUCUAUGGAGCUCUGAAAAGUUCUGAUGAUUCUAAAGACCAAAGGCAUCAAAAGAAUAUUCUGAACCUCAUGUUAAUGCAUCAAUCUCUACGUGUUGCUUACAUUGAUGAAAGAGAGGAGACUAUUAAUGGAGAACCUCAAAAAACUUAUUACUCUGUUCUUGUCAAGGGAGGUGAUAAAUUUGAUGGCUAUGAAAGGGAAAUAUACCGCAUCAAACUUCCAGGUCCUCCAACAAAAGUUGGUGAAGGAAAACCUGAAAACCAAAACCAUGCCAUUAUCUUCACCCGUGGUGAAGCUUUGCAGACUAUAGACAUGAAUCAGGAUAACUAUUUUGAAGAGGCUUUUAAGAUGAGAAAUGUUUUGGAAGAGUUUGAGCACUCCUGUUGCUGGCAACGGAAACCUACAAUAUUAGGUUUAAGAGAGCAUAUAUUUACAGGAAGUGUUUCAUCACUUGCUUGGUUUAUGUCCAAUCAAGAGACUAGCUUUGUAACUAUUGGCCAACGCUUUUUAGCGAGUCCUCUGAGGGUACGGUUCCAUUAUGGUCAUCCUGACAUAUUUGACAGAAUCUUCCACAUAACAAGGGGUGGCAUAAGCAAAGCUUCAAAAACUAUUAAUUUAAGUGAGGACAUAUUUGCAGGGUUCAAUUCGACUCUUCGAGGAGGAUAUGUAACACAUCAUGAUUAUAUCCAAGUUGGAAAAGGACGUGAUGUGGGCAUGAAUCAAAUAUCAUCUUUUGAGGCUAAAGUUGCAAACGGAAAUGGAGAGCAAACACUUAGUCGUGAUAUGUAUCGACUUGGAUGUCGAUUUGACUUCUAUAGAAUGCUGUCAUUCUACUUCACAACUGUUGGUUUCUAUUUUAAUAGCAUGGUUACUGUGCUUACUGUAUAUUUAUUUCUCUAUGGACGUUUGUAUUUGGUUAUGAGUGGAAUGGAAAGAGAGAUUCUGGAGAAGUCAAUCAUAAAUCAGAACAAGUCCCUAGAAGCAGCUUUAAUUCCUCAGUCGGCCUUUCAAAUGGGCAUCUUAUUGGUCCUGCCUAUGCUUAUGGAAAUUAGCCUGGAGAAAGGGUUCCGCACUGCUCUGGGUGACUUUAUUAUCAUGCAGCUGCAGUUAGCCUCUGUAUUCUUUACAUUUCAGCUUGGAACAAAAGCACAUUAUUUUGGGAGAACAAUCUUGCAUGGCGGUUCUAAGUAUCGAGCUACUGGGCGUGGAUUUGUUGUUUUUCAUGCCAAGUUUGCUGAUAACUAUAGAUUGUACUCAAGGAGUCACUUUGUGAAAGGGUUAGAACUCGGUAUACUAUUGGUCUUAUAUGAAGUUUAUGGGGAAUCAUAUCGCAGUUCAAAGCUUUAUUUGUUUAUCACCUACUCAAUCUGGUUCCUGGUUGGAUCUUGGUUAUUUGCUCCCUUUGUCUUUAACCCCUCUGGUUUUGACUGGCAAAAGACGGUAGAUGAUUGGACAGAUUGGAAGCGGUGGAUGGGAAUUCGUGGAGGUAUUGGUAUUCAGCCUGAAAAAAGUUGGGAAUCAUGGUGGGAUGGAGAACAAGAGCACCUUAAAUACACAAAUAUACGAGGAAGAGUGCUUGAGAUUAUUCUUGCACUUCGCUUCUUUGUCUAUCAAUAUGGGAUUGUCUACCACCUUCAUAUAGCUCAUCACAGUAGGAGUUGGCUGGUUUAUGGAUUCUCAUGGGGUGUUAUGGUAGCAGCGCUUUUAUUGUCAAAGAUUGUAUCAGUGGGUGGACAAAUAUUGGGUAUCGAACUUCAGCUAGUGUUCAGGAUGCUCAAGGCAUUUCUUUUUCUUGCCUCCUUGGGGAUCAUUAUUGUUUUAUCCAAAGCAUAUGGCCUCACUAUAUCAGAUUUAUUGGCUGCUGUCCUUGCCUUCAUGCCCACUGGCUGGGCCCUUCUUCUUCUGGCACAAGCUUGUAGGCCUUUGUUGGAGGGGUUAAUCUGGAAGUCAGUAAAGGAGAUGGCCAGAGUCUAUGACUACAUCAUGGGAUUACUGCUAUUCACGCCCAUAGCCAUUUUGUCAUGGCUCCCUUUCGUAGCUGAGUUUCAAACCCGCAUCCUCUUCAAUCAAGCAUUUAGCAGAGGACUUCAAAUUUCUAUCAUCCUUGCUGGGAGGAAAGACAAGGCCUCACCUAGAUGAUUUAUUUAGCAUCUCAUAUUCAAUGUUUUUGUCCUAGUUACAGUGAGAAUCAGUGUAACCAAUUUUCCCAAGCCCCAAUCUGCUGUGAAUUGCUUAUGUAUUUAUGCAUUCUGGGCCUAAUGGCUUAAGAUUUGAUGAAAAUUGUAUUGCAGUAGUUGAUGAAUGCCUUUGAGUAAUAGAAAUAAUUGUAUUGUAGUACUUGAUGAAAAGAUUUGAUUAGCAAAGUAAUAUAUGCAUUGUUGUCA